AAAGAAACUUCUGGAUUUUCGAUUCAAGUACAACAAGGCUAGGAAGGGACGUGGAAGUAAUAGCUUCCUCCUCGACUGACUUUGUACUGCUCCAAGUUCGCCAACAUGGACAACGCGUACGUGCAAUCGGCACCUGCAGUGCUGAAGCACUUUGAUGUACAAGAAGGCUCGGGUCUUUCCAACACUUCAGUCACGGAAUCGAGGCUGAAGCAUGGUCGCAAUGCUCUUCCCGAAGACCCGCCAACACCGCUAUGGGAACUCAUCUUGGAACAAUUCAAGGACCAGCUGGUCAUCAUCCUGCUUGCCUCGGCCGCCGUAUCUUUCGUCCUCGCCCUGUUCGAGGAUAGCGACGACUGGACCGUCUUUGUCGACCCCAUCGUAAUUCUCACUAUCCUCAUUCUCAACGCCGUCGUCGGAGUAUCGCAAGAAUCGUCCGCCGAAAAGGCAAUCGCAGCACUUCAAGAGUACUCGGCCAACGAGGCCAAGGUCGUACGCAAUGGCAAGGUUCAGCGCAUCAAGGCAGACGAAUUGGUUCCUGGAGACAUCAUCAAGGUGGCCGUGGGUGACCGCAUUCCUGCCGACUGCAGAGUCCUGUCCAUCCACAGCAACAGCUUCCGCAUCGACCAGAGUAUCUUGACCGGAGAGAGUGAGAGUGUUGGCAAGGACACAGAUGCUAUCAAGGAUGCGAACGCCGUCAAGCAGGACCAGGUCAACAUGCUCUUCUCAGGUACUACUGUUGUUACUGGAAACGCUACGGCCGUCGUCGUUCUGACCGGUUCCAACACUGCGAUCGGCGACAUCCACGAAAACAUCACCUCCCAGAUCUCGCAGCCCACCCCUCUCAAGGAGAAACUCAACGACUUCGGUGACACUUUGGCCAAGGUCAUUACUGUCAUCUGCAUCCUUGUCUGGCUCAUCAACAUUCCCCACUUCAACGACCCUGCCCACGGCUCUUUCGCCAAGGGUGCCAUUUACUACUUGAAGAUUGCCGUGUCGCUUGGUGUCGCUGCUAUCCCUGAAGGUCUCGCCGUUGUUAUCACCACCUGCCUGGCUCUGGGAACCCGCAAGAUGGCUGCCAAGAACGCUGUUGUCCGUAGUCUUCCUUCGGUCGAGACUCUCGGAAGCUGCAGUGUCAUCUGCUCAGACAAGACUGGAACUCUUACCACCAACCAGAUGAGCGUCAACAAGGUCGUCUUCAUCAACGAGUCGGGCUCUGGCCUCGAAGAACUCACCGUUGAAGGAUCUAGCUUUGCCCCUGAAGGUGCCAUUACUACUUCGACCGGACAAACUCUUGAGAAUGCCGCAACUUCCUCGUCCACCAUUGCUCAGAUCGCCGAAGUCGCCGCCCUUUGUAACGAUGCACGUCUUGCUUAUGACAGCGAGAAGGGCGUCUACAACAACGUCGGUGAGGCAACCGAAGGCGCUCUGAGAGUCUUGGCCGAGAAGAUUGGCACCAGAGACGCAUCCGUCAACUCUGCAAGAUCCACCCUCGCACCUGAAGAAAGAAUCCACCACGCCAGCAAGCACUGGGAAACCAGCACCCCUCGUUUGGCCACCUACGAAUUUGCUCGCGACAGAAAGAGUAUGUCUGUCUUGGUUCAAGAUGGCUCAUCUCAGCGUCUUCUCGUCAAGGGUGCCCCUGAGUCUAUCAUUGCUAGAUGUAGAUACGUUCUGCUCGGAUCCAAGGGCACCAGAAUGGCGCUCACUGACAACGUCUCUGCUCUUCUCUCCAAGGAAGUUGUUGACUAUGGUAACCGUGGACUCCGCAUCAUGGCUCUUGCCAGCGUCGACAACGUCACUUCUCCUCUGUUGAAGCAAGCCAAGACCUCUCCUGAAUACGCUCAGCUCGAACAAAACAUGACUCUUAUUGGCCUUGUUGGUAUGCUCGACCCUCCUCGUCCCGAGGUGGCUGACAGCAUCCGCAAGUGCCGUGAGGCAGGUAUCCGUGUCGUCGUCAUCACCGGUGACAACCAGAACACCGCCGAGACCAUCUGUCGCCAGAUUGGCGUCUUCGGUACCGAUGAGGAUCUGACCGGCAAGAGUUUCACUGGCCGCCAAUUCGAUGACCUCAGUGAUGCCGACAAGCUCAAGGCUGCUAAGAACGCUUCUCUCUUCUCCCGUACCGAACCCACUCACAAGUCCAAGUUGGUUGACCUUCUCCAGUCUGCUGGUGAGGUUGUUGCCAUGACUGGUGACGGUGUCAACGACGCUCCCGCCUUGAAGAAGGCCGACAUUGGUGUCGCCAUGGGUAGCGGUACUGAUGUAGCCAAGCUUGCUGCAGACAUGGUCCUUGCUGACGACAACUUUGCAACCAUCGAGGCCGCUGUCGAAGAGGGCAGAAGCAUCUACAACAACACUCAACAAUUUAUCCGUUACCUGAUCUCGUCCAACAUCGGCGAGGUCGUGUCCAUCUUCUUGACUGCAGCCAUGGGUAUGCCCGAGGCUCUGAUUCCUGUCCAGCUUCUCUGGGUCAACCUGGUUACCGAUGGUCUUCCGGCUACUGCACUCUCCUUCAACCCCGCUGACCAUGAUAUCAUGAAGCGUCUUCCUCGCAAGCGUGAUGAAGCUCUUAUUGGUGGCUGGCUCUUCUUCAGAUACAUGGUGAUUGGUACCUAUGUUGGUAUCGCCACUGUUGGAGGUUACGCAUGGUACUUCAUGUUCAGCGAGGCCGGACCCAAGGUCAGCGCUCACGCAUUGACGCAUUUCCACUCUUGCAGCAUUUUUGAGCACCCUAUCGACUGCCUCAUGUUCACUGACUACAGAUCCAAGACUGCAUCGACCGUCUCCUUGUCCAUCUUGGUUGUGAUUGAGAUGCUCAACGCCAUGAACGCUCUGUCUUCGUCGGAGAGUUUGUUGACCCUUCCUCUCUGGAAGAACAUGAUGCUCGUAUAUGCAAUCUGCUUGAGCAUGGCACUGCACUUUGCACUGCUUUACACACCGUUCUUGCAGGGUAUUUUCGGCAUUGUUCCCCUUGGUUGGGAAGAGUGGAAGUUGGUGCUUGCAUGGAGUGCCCCUAUCAUUCUCAUUGACGAGGGACUCAAGUUCCUGGAGCGCGCGUUUGUCAUGGAGAAGCCGGGCAAGCAUAUCAAGCCCAAGAAGGAGUAGAUUGAGAAAACCACAUACAUGGCAUUAGAUGGAUCAUGUCUGAAGUAGAAGCAUUGUCAAUAGAUGAAAGAAUC